AUUUACUAACCUAGUGCGCAAGUGCAUUGCCUGUAAAGUCUGUGCUCUGAGGUAAAGAUGGCGACAUCCCUUAUUUGUGGCAGGGUCUCGGUGGGGCUGAGAAACUCCGGAUCCAGGAGGGCGAUCAGUGCCGCAGCCAAGGUGCUUGGAGGAGCUUCAGGAUUAUUUGCUAGUCAUGGAUUCCAACAACAGCAGCAGCAGAGGGCCCUCUCACUGCAUGAAUACAUGAGCAUUGGGCUGCUGAAAGAGUCAGGCAUCUCCGUACCCAAGGGAAUGGUGGCAAGCUCCGCUGAAGAAGCCUAUUCAGUUGCCAAAGAGAUAGGUUCCAAGGAUCUGGUAGUGAAGGCACAAGUCUUGGCUGGUGGCAGAGGAAAAGGCACAUUCGAAGGAGGCUUGAAGGGAGGAGUCAAGAUUGUUUUCUCCCCUGAAGAAGCCAGAGAUGUUUCCAGCAAAAUGAUUGGGAAGAAGUUAUUUACAAAGCAGACAGGGGAGAAGGGCAGAAUAUGCAACCAGGUGUUUAUCUGUGAGCGCAGGUACCCAAGACGGGAGUACUACUUCGCAAUCACAAUGGAAAGGUCCUAUCAAGGCCCAGUUUUAAUAGGAAGCUCUCAGGGGGGUGUCAAUAUAGAAGACGUAGCUGCAGAAAAUCCUGAGGCCAUCAUCAAGGAACCAAUUGAUAUUGUUGAAGGCAUCAAGGUGGAACAAGCUGUCAAGGUCGCACAAAAAAUGGGAUUCCCGCCUAACUUGAUCAACGAGGCUGCAGAAAACAUGAUCAAGCUGUACAAUUUAUUCCUGAAGUAUGACGCUUCCAUGUUGGAGAUCAACCCCAUGGUGGAAGACUCUUCUGGAAGCGUGAUGUGCAUGGAUGCCAAGUUAAACUUUGAUUCCAACGCAGAGUAUCGUCAGAAGAAAAUCUUUGCCCUGCGUGACUGGAGCCAAGAAGACGAGCGAGACAGGCAGGCAGCCAAAUCUGAUCUCAACUACAUUGGCCUGGAUGGAGACAUUGGUUGCCUAGUUAAUGGGGCUGGCUUAGCAAUGGCCACAAUGGAUAUCAUCAAACUUCAUGGAGGGACUCCUGCCAAUUUCUUGGAUGUUGGAGGUGGUGCCACUGCUCAGCAAGUCACAGAUGCAUUUAAACUAAUCACUUCGGACAAAAAGGUGCUGGCCAUAUUGGUGAAUAUCUUUGGAGGUAUCAUGCGCUGUGAUGUUAUUGCACAAGGUAUUAUUAUGGCAGUUACGGAUCUGGACCUGAAGAUUCCUAUUGUGGUCAGAUUACAAGGAACACGAGUUGAUGAUGCAAAAGCUCUGAUUGCUGCCAGUAGCCUCAAGAUCCUGGCCUGUGAUGACUUGGAUGAAGCUGCAAAAAUGGUUGUCAAGCUUUCAGAAAUCGUAUCGCUAGCAAAAGAAGCUCAAGUGGAUGUGAAAUUCCAGCUGCCAAUCUAAUAAAGAAGAGCUGUGGUUCUGAAGUUUAUUCUUCACAAUACUGUUGGUUUAUUUUUUGUUUGCAUUUGUUUGGUGGCAUGAGCUCAACUUUUAUUAACAGGACCUGUGCAAAAACAUGCAGACUUCUAGUAAAAACACGUGAUGUAUUGCUCUAGUAUCCCUGCAGGAUGUAUUUCCCUUUAGUUAACCUUCGCUUAAAAGAACCACCUGCCUCUCUUUUGCUGUAAACCUUGAUUUACCCAUAUCGAUGGAAUGAGAAGAUAUUUAUUAAAGUGCACUAUGUUCAAUCUUCUUAUUCUGUCGAUUUUCGAGGUUCUCCCUUUCGUUACACCACCCUAUACCAGUCUACUCCUGUGCUAGAAACUUUCAAACUCAUUCACCACAGAGAAUCAUGCUCAAAUCAAUGCUUCUGACACUUAGUGAAAUAGCUCUGAAUAUUUUCUUGACAAUGGACUGAAAAGUGCGCUUUGUAAUACAAAGUGAACAGUGAUCUUUUUCCUUAAAGAUCAUUAAUAUGACUUCCACCUGAACAAAGGCUUGCUGUAAUGUUGAUUGUCCUUGUGUUUGAUUUAAAGACUUUGCUGGAUUUAAGGAUGUGACUCAGUUCAGAAUUGAUACAGUUGGAAUAAUUUCAUUCUGGAUGCACAUGCAGGUGUGGUUAGGAAUUCUUCAAUAGAAAAUGGGAUUUUCAUAACCUUUUUGUGUGUGCUGUUGAUUUCCAAAGAACUAUGUGUUCACUUAUACCCUGGAUGGAAAAACCACUGUAAAUUCAGGAGUAUCCAGGUUUAAUGGGGAAACACUUGGGGUGUGCCGAUUACUCAUAAUUUCUAAAUAACUGCUAAUUAAAUGGAAUCAAACAUGUCGGUUACUCAACACAAAACAAUGCAGGCCCUUUCUUUCCCUCUAACACAAUUAUUAUCAAUCAAUAAUAAGCUGUUUGAUAUAGAACCUGUUAUAAUCAAACUAACUAAAACUCAGUUAUAUUUUAGAAGCGAUUGUCUUACCUGCAGAAGUUAAUUGCCAUUGAUUGGUACUCAAUUGCAAAGGGUAGAGAAGGGCAGCUUUUCUUGUUUUGAUUUAUUGUGUUUUGAUUUAUUUAAUACCUGCUGACAAAUUCUUCUUGAAGGCAAUUACUCAGAAAAUGAGUAUCCGCACACACCAGGUAAACACUGAUUACAAUUUGCUGCUAGAUCUCCAUGCUUUAGAACACGACGUUUAGCUCUUGAAAGUCAGUGAUCGUUUUAUUGUCGGUAAAUGGAUUGAAAAUAGUCAUUUAAUGAACUGCAGCUGCAUUCUCAUAUUCACCAAACUAUAGAAAACACUGUUAUCCUAUCAAUGUUUUGCUGUUAUUUCCCUUGUAAAUAAGGAGACCUUGCUGUAAAAUAUUUAAACUUAUGGUUAAAGACUCUUAGUUGAAGGACAUUCACACGUUGAAAAUAGAAUGCAAUGACAUUUUAAUUCUUUAAAUAAAUUGUGUUGGUGUUAAA